UCGAGAACAAGCUGAUAAAUAAACUACAGCAGUUUAGAUAGUUACUCUCCCCUUCUCACUCUGAGCCCCAUCACAAAACAGUUUCUAUGGUAACAUGAAAUAUUAUAUUGGCGUAGAUGUUGGGACAGGGAGUGUUAGAUCAGCAUUAUUUGAUAGUCAUGGAAAUUUGCUAACCAUAGUAACAGAGGAAAUCAAGAUAUGGACGCCCUCAGCUGACUAUUAUGAACAAUCAUCAUCUAAUAUCUGGAAUGCUGUCAUUCAUACAAUAAAGAAAAUCAUAUCAGAUUCUGGAGUGAGAAAAGAAGAAAUAGGAGGAAUAGGUUUUGAUGCGACAUGUUCAUUAGUAGUGAUUGGUGAAAAUGAUAGUCCUGUUACAGUUAGUCCUUCAGGUAAAGCUGAAUGUAACAUAAUAAUGUGGAUGGACCAUAGAGCUGUGGAUCAAACUGAGAGGAUUAAUUCCACACAACAUUCUGUGUUAAAGAACACUGGAGGUCAGAUCAGUGUAGAAAUGGAACCACCCAAACUGUUGUGGUUAAAAGAGAAUUUACCUGAUACCUGGAAAAGGGCUACACACUUUUUUGAUUUAGCAGAUUAUUUAACUUGGAAAGCUACAGGAAAUCUAACUAGGUCAUUAUGUUGUCUGACAUGUAAAUGGACAUACCAAGCUGAUGACCAAGGUCACAGGGGUUGGAAUGAUGAAUUCUGGGCAAUGAUAGGACUUGAUGAUUUUGUAAAGGAAAAAUAUCAAAGGUGUGGAAAUGAUGUCAAGUUACCUGGUGAUGUCUGUGGACAAGGAUUGACCACUGAGGCAGCAAAACAGCUUGGACUGGUUCCUGGCACUGCAGUUGGAACUUCUAUCAUUGAUGCACAUGCUGGUGUCUUAGGUUGUGUUGGUUGUAUAGCAGAAGAUGAACACUUUACCGUGCCAGACAUAACUUCAAGGAUGACCAUGAUCUGUGGAACUUCUACUUGCCACAUGAUUAUGAGUCAAGAAGCCAUAUUUGUACCUGGUGUGUGGGGACCAUAUUAUUCACCAAUAUUACCAGGCUUGUGGAGCGCUGAAGGUGGACAAACAGCUGCUGGCAAACUGAUAGACUUCAUUGUGGAAACCCAUCCUGCUUAUGGAAAGUUAAAGGGAACAGCAUCAGACGGAAAGGUACAUAUACAUGAAGUACUAGAAGAAAGAUUAAUACAGUUAACAAAUGAACACAAAGUCUCUUCAAUGUCACAGCUAACAAAACAUCUACAUAUCUGGCCUGAUUUCCAUGGUAACAGAUCUCCUCUGUCGGAUCCAUCUUUAAAAGGAAUGGUCAGUGGAUUGACCCUGUCAUCAGAUAUGGAUGAUUUGGCAGUAAAGUAUCUAGCAACAGUACAAGCACUUGCUUAUGGAACAAGACAUAUUUUUGAUGAAUUAGUCAAAAGAGGACACAUAAUAGAACUGAUUUACAUAUGUGGUGGACUCAGUAAAAACCAUGUGUAUGUGAAAACACAUGUGGAUGUUACAGGUAUUCCUGCUAUUCUACCAAAUGAAAAAGAAUCAGUGUUAUUGGGAGCUGCAAUACUGGGUGCUAGUGCUUCAGGCAACUUUGCUAAUGUACAGGAUGCAGUAAAAAAGAUGGGAGGAAAGGGAAAGUUAAUCAAGCCAGAUUUACAAGAAAGACAGUUCCAUGAUAAGAAGUACCAAGUGUUCCUGAGGAUGGUUCAACAUCAGAGGGAAUACACAGCAAUCAUGGACGGCUGACAGUAGUUGGUGACUCUUGGCUGGAAUUAGAUAGUUGUCUAGACUUGGAAUUCCUUAAGCCAAUGCAGUAAUGAUUUGUUCAAUUUUAUAAUACAGAAUGUAAUUAUUUGUAUUUAAACAGAGAUUGGUUCAAGAUUAACCAAGAACAAUAAUAAAUGAUCUUACUAGGGAAGGACUUUUAAUCUGGUUGUUAACCAAUAAAUUUAUAAAUCUUUCAUGGCAAUAAUUUGUUAUGUUUAAUUUUUAAUCAUGUUAUGCAGAAUUAAUUUAUUUAUCUGCAAUUUUUUUUCAUAUAAUUGUGAAUCAUGCUUAGCAAAAAUAAAGAUAAAGCUUUUG